UAGAUUUACCUUAAAACGAGGAAACAAACCUGUCUUUGUUCUUUGUCAACAAAAAAAAACCUGUCUUUUUUUUUCUUUCUAGUGUACAAGGUUAUUUUCAAAUUUCAAUCACUGUUUUUCCUCUCUUGUCUUUAAAUGCAACUAUAAAAUCUCACACUUCUCUCACCAGAUCUUCUAGACCCAUUUGUUAUUUUUGUUUGAUAUCAAGUUUUUGUCUUUAACCAUGAACAUGUUUUUAGUGGUGAAGUUGAAAGUUUGGAAAUUUCCUAUAGAUUCUCUAUGUUAAUGAAGUUUCCAAAUUUGGCUUUUUCUCAUAGCUGUUGUGGAUUUUGGGUUACUGUGGUUUCAUUUUCAAAGCACCAAUGGUUUGAAUAAUCAGUCAUGGAGGUUGGUUUGGGGAAUGGAAUUAGUUAGGAUUUUGAUUUGGCUUAUAGCUUCAUGAUAGCUAGGUUAGGAAUCCUUGUAGCUGCUUCUGUUGCAGCCUAUACAUUUCAGCAGAAUGUGAAUGGAUCAAAAUCAGAACGCGGUGAAGCAAGGAUUAGGGAGCAUCAAGACGAGGGCUUAGAACAUAAGCAUUCUAUUUGUUCUUCUAAUGGUGUCAACCGGAAAGAGAGGGAAGAAGAAGAUCAAGAAGAGGAGGUUAAGUUAAUUAGAAGCAUAAUCAAUCUUGCUAAUGAUUUUGACGAUGAUAUUCUAUUUGAAUUUGAAAGCCUUCUAUCUGAUCAGAUUGAGUUUCCGUUACUCGCUGGCAAGACCAACGAGGCCAUGAAAGACGGAGAAAAGGAAUCCGAAAUGGGAAAAACCGGUGGUGAAUUAGAACGGUUGCAAAAUAUAGUCAAGGAACUUGAGGAGAGGGAAGCGAAUCUUGAAAGUGUGUUGCUUGAGUAUUACGGUUUGAAGGAGCAAGUCGUAGAAACCGAAGAGUUACAGAGACAGUUGAGAAUUAAAACUGUAGAAAUCGAUAUGCUUCGUAUGAGCGUUAAGUCCUUGCAGGAAGAGAACGAUAAACUUCGAAAAGAGGUCACACGUGAAGCUUUAUCAAAUAGAGAACUUGAGGCUGCUAGAAACAAGAUCAAGGAGCUGCAAACGCAGUUACGCGUCGCUGCUAACCAGACAAAAGACCAGUUGUUGUUGCUUAAACAAAAAGUUUCUGGUCUACAAAUGAAAGAAGAAGAGGUUGCGAGAAAAGAUGCUGAGAUCGAAAAGAAACUGAAAAAUGCAAAUGGGUUAGAGAUUGAAGUUGUGGAGCUUAAGAGAAGAAACAAAGAGCUUCAACACGAGAAGCGAGAAUUAACUGUUAGUCUUAAUGCUGCUGAGUCUAGAAUUGCAGAACACUCCAGUUUGACUGAGAAUGAAAUGGUUACCGAGGCGAAAACCGAAGUUGGUAGGUUAAGGCAUGCAAAUGAAGACCUGCAAAAGCAAGUGGAAGGACUCCAGAUGAAUAGGUUCAGUGAAGUUGAAGAGCUUGUAUACCUUCGUUGGGUCAAUGCGUGCUUGAGAUAUGAACUCAGGAAUUACAAGGCACCCGUAGGAAAAUCAUCGGCGUGUGAUCUAAAUAACAGUCUCAGCCCAAAAUCACAAGAGAAGGCUAAACAGCUAAUGCUUGAAUAUGCCGGAUCAGAGCGCGAGCAUUGUGAUACUGAUCUUGAAAGCAACUUCUCCCGUGGUCACUCUUCACCGGGCAGUGAGGAUCAUGACAAUGAAUCUAUCGAUAGUCCUUCUUACAAAUUCAGCAAUCUUAGCAAGAAAUCUAGCUUAAUCCAAAAGUUGAAGAAAUGGAAUAAAUACAAAGAUUAUUCAAGUGCUAUUUCAUCACCAACUAGAUCUCUUUCAAUAGGCUCUCCUUGCAGGGUGACUACGAGCUAUAGACCGAGGAAUACACUCGAAUCCUUGAUGCUAAGGAGCGCUCAUGAUGCGGUAACGAUCACUACUUUCGGGAGGAAGGAACACGGACCUACUCGUUCUCCUGAAACUCCAUCUCUUCCAAGCUUGAGAAAGGUUUCAUCGAGUGAUGACAUCCUGGAUUCUGUUUCGGCUUCAUUUCAAUUGAUGUCUAAGUCGGUUGACAGGUCUAUGGAUGAAAAAUAUCCUGCAUAUAAAGACCUCCAUAAAUUGGCAUUGGCAAGGGAGAAGCAACUCAAGGAAAAGGCUGAGAAAGCAAGAGUGCAGAAGUUUGGUGACAAUUCAAAUCUUGAUUUCACCAAGGCCGAACAAGAGAGACCAGUAUCCUUGCAAUCGAAACGUUUCCACGUUGAGAUUAGGCCUCCAAGGGUGCCUCGACCACCUCCUAAACCAUCUGACGGUGCUCCUGUUUCAAAUUCUUACAAUGGAAUACCAUAUGCACCAUCCGUGCCUUCUCCACCUUCGCCGCCAUCACUAGGAAGUCUACCUAAAGGAUCAUUAGGCGAUGAUAAAGUUAAAAGGGCUCCCGAGCUUGUUGAAUUUUAUCAAUCUUUGAUGAAACGAGAAGCAAAGAAGGACACCUCAUCACUUACUUCUUCGACAAGUAAUGCAGCUGAUGCCAGGAACAACAUGAUUGGAGAAAUUGAGAAUCGAUCAUCAUUUCUCUUAGCUGUGAAAGCUGAUGUAGAAACACAAGGUGAUUUUGUCAUGUCCUUGGCAACUGAAGUUCGAGCAGCCUCGUUUUCUAAGAUUGAAGAUGUAGUUGCUUUUGUGAACUGGCUAGAUGAGGAACUCUCAUUCCUGAUUGAUGAACGAGCUGUUCUCAAGCACUUCAAUUGGCCUGAAAGUAAAGCAGAUGCACUACGGGAAGCGUCUUUUGAAUAUCAAGAUAUGAUGAAAUUAGAGAAUCAAGUCUCCACCUUCACCGAUGAUCCAGAACUCCUUUGCAACGCUGCUUUGCAGAAAAUGUACUCAUUACUUGAAAAAUUAGAGCAAAGUGUACACGCACACUUACGGACUAGAGAUUUUUCCGUUUCACGGUACAAGGAGUUUGGAGUACCGGUAAAUUGGCUAUUCGAUUCGGGAGUUGUUGGCAAGAUCAAGCUUUCUUCUGUUCAACUGGCAAACAAGUAUAUGAAGCGCAUUGCAUCAGAGCUUGUUAUACUAUCCGGACCUGAUACGGAACCGAGAAGAGAGUUUUUAAUUCUGCAAGGUGUGCGGUUUGCUUUCCGUGUUCAUCAGUUUGCAGGAGGGUUUGACAUUGAGAGCAUGAAGACUUUUGAAGAACUAAGAAACAACAUUCAUGCUCAAGCAGAUGAACAUGAUAAUAAAUCAGAAACAAAGACAUAGUGAGAUCAUUAAAAGAGUUUUUUUUUACAUGUAAAUUUUUUACUUUUACAAUUGUAGUUAUUAUUUUUCAUAUAAAUGUUACCACCUCAACUGUAUAGAUCAAUUUUCAUAAAGAUAAAUGUUUUUUUUACACAAAUUUAGAC